AUGUAAUGUACUAAGUAACAAAUAUAUUUAUGUGCACCAUAGUCCCUUAUCCUUUUACUAUAGUAUUUUUCUUUCUGAAAAGCCUUAUCCUUCUACUAGUGUUCUUUCAAGUUUCAACAACACUUUUUCAAUUUGUGGCAAUAAAGAAUGUUCUUUAUGGAGGCAUUUCAAGUAGCAAGUGAAGGAGUUGUCAUGCAACUUGAGUUUGUUUGGAAGCAUAUGAGAGAAGGUUUGGUCGUACCAAUACUGACAGUGGCAGUGUUUCUGUGCCUAUGCAUGUUAUUGAUGGAUUUUGCUGAGAAAGUUUUCAUGGGAGUUGUCAUUUGUUUUGUGAAGUUGUGUGGUAGAAAACCAGAGAAGCGUUAUAAAUGGGAGACUAUUAAGGAUGAUGAUGUUGAAUUGGGUAACUCUAAUUAUCCAAUGGUUCUUGUCCAAAUUCCAAUGUACAAUGAAGGAGAGGUUUAUCAACUAUCAAUUGGUGCUGCAUGUGGACUCUCAUGGCCUUCUCAUAGAAUCAUCAUACAAAUCCUUGAUGAUUCAACUGACCCAACAAUCAAGGAGUUGGUGCAAGUGGAAUGCCGUAAAUGGGAAAGCAAAGGUGUUAACAUAAAAUAUGAAGUGAGGGACAACAGAGAUGGGUACAAAGCAGGAGCUUUAAAGGAGGGAAUAAAGCAUAGCUAUGUCAUGCAAUGUGAUUAUGUUGCCAUCUUUGAUGCUGAUUUUCAACCAGAACCUGAUUUUCUCUACCAAACCAUCCCUUUCCUUGUCAAUAAUCCUGAAAUUGGUCUUGUUCAAGCUCGCUGGAAAUUUGUGAAUGCGGGUGAAUGUUUGAUGACAAGGAUGCAACAGAUGUCACUUGAUUACCAUUUUAAGGUUGAACAAGAAGUGGGGUCUUCCACUUAUGCUUUCUUUGGCUUCAACGGAACUGCGGGUGUGUGGAGAAUUUCGGCACUAAAUGAAGCCGGUGGGUGGAAAGAUAGGACCACAGUGGAAGAUAUGGAUUUGGCUGUACGUGCUAGUCUCAAAGGAUGGAAAUUCUUAUUUCUGUCCCACGUACAGGUCAAAAGCGAAUUGCCAAGUACUUUAAAGGCCUAUAGGUACCAACAACACAGAUGGUCAUGUGGGCCGGCCAAUCUUUUCAGGAAAGUAGUUAUCGAGAUUUUCACAAAUAAGAAAGUGUCUUUAUGGAAGAAGUUCCACGUUGUUUACAGUUUUUUCUUUGUUGCGAAGAUUGUGGUCCACAUAAACACAUUUAUGUUUUAUUGCAUUGUGUUACCUGCAACUGUUAUGGUGCCUGAGGUUGUUGUCCCUAAAUGGAGUUGUGUUUAUAUCCCUUGCAUGGUCACCCUUUUGAAAGCUGUUGGAACUCCAAGGUCAUUCUAUUUACUUGUAUUUUGGGUUCUCUUUGAAAAUACCAUGUCUCUACAUCGAACAAAGGCAACAAUUAUUGGUCUACUAGAGGCUACUAGAGUGAAUGAAUGGGUUGUCACAGAAAAGCUUGGAGAUGCGCUUAAGGAUAAAGUUGGUGGUACUAAAGUACUCAACAGACAUCGAUUUAACAUUGGAGACAGGAUUCAUAUGACAGAACUUUUUGUUGGAUUCUACCUCGUAUUUUGUGGCUGCUAUGAUUUUAUGUAUGGGAAAAAUUACUUCUUCAUAUUCCUAUUCAUGCAAGCGGUUGCUUUCUUCAUCCUGGCAUUUGGAUAUGUCGGCACUUUUGUUCCUCACUCUUAGAAGACCUUUGGUUGAUAUAUUCAUUAAGUGAUUGAUUUUAUAAUGAUUAUUAUUUCAAUAUAUAUCAAGUAUAUAUAUCAUAUCCAUUAUUCACAGCAUAUGUUAUAUUAAAAAAAAAAUUAAUUUAUUGAUUUAGAAAUAAAAUGUAUCAAAACACUUUUUUUUUCUUUUUUUAAUGGCAAAUAUUCAAUGUACUAUAGAAGUUCUCGUCUACAUGAGUAUUGGAUUAGAAUAUUGUUUUAAGAUUUAAGAUUUUGUACUUCGAUUUUAUUAUUACUUUUCAUUCUUUUUCCUCUUUACAUUGUAUUUGUUUGAAUAAAUACGCAGAAUCAAUAAAUGGAAGAGAUUAUACAAA